AUGCAAUAUCUCCCGUUCUGGUUUCUUUACGGCAUUCUGAGCAUCUGCAUCUUUCACUGGGAAAGCAAAACCCACUCCAGAGUCAGUGUCUAUUCCUGCCAAGACCUAUUUGUAGCCCCUCAGGACUACCAGCAUCAGUCUCCAUUGCCACCUAUGUUCAGGGCCUUUGUUCAGCUAUGGGGCAAGGAAUCUGACAGAACAAGAGCUGCUGAGAUUGCAGAUGACAGUUCCAAGGUGAACGGACAUCAUCCUGUUUGGAAGUCUGCUACUCUGACCAAAGAAGGCCACUCGACUAUAGGGCUGCUGCGGUUUGCUGGGGGUCCACUCCAGACCCCACUCUCCUUGGCCUCUCCUGCAUCUGUAGGAGGCAGCUGGGGUCCCCCACUGGAAGAUCUCACCCAGUCAGGAGGGACAGGAUCAAGAAUCCACCCCAUGAAGAAGUCUGGCUGCUUCUUGGCUGGGAUGGCUGAGUCUACAGAACCACAGAUAUGGUGGUCAUCCCUCCUACCAGGAACUCCCUGCCAGGGAGAGAUCGGAGUUCUGUCUGUGGAACAAAGGACCCACCCAGUAAGGAGGACUGUGUCAGGGCCCAGGUUAAAGAAGCAGUCUGGCCACGAUCUGGCAAGGCCAUUGUGCUGCACCGUGGGGGCCCCUAUUCGUCUGGACUGUUGCAAAGACCUGUGGGAGAAGCGUGACUUCCCGGCAUUGCCUGCAGUGGACAUCCAAAAUCAGACCACAGUGACUGAGUUUACCCUGACGGCCUUUCCUGUUCUUCAGCAGCUUCAAAUUUCCCUUUUUGCAGUCCUCUUGUUUACUUAUAUGCUUACUCUAACAGGAAACAGUGCCAUCAUUUCCCUAAUGUGGGCGAAUCAUCGCCUCCAAACCCCAAUGUACUUCUUCCUCAGUAAUUUGUCCUUUUUGGACAUUUUUUUCACCACCUCAGUUACCCCAAAGCUAUUAGCCUGUCUCCUGCAGGACAAGAAGACCAUAUCUUUUGCUGGGUGCAUCACCCAAACUUAUUUCUUUUUUUUCUUGGGGACAGUGGAGUUUAUCCUCUUGGCAGUGACGUCCUUUGACCGCUACGUGGCCAUCUGUGACCCCCUGCACUAUGCCAUCAUCAUGAACAGCAGGGCCUGCCUCCUACUAAUUCUGGGCUGCUGGGUUGGAGCUUUCCUGUCUGUGUUGUGCCCAACCAUUGUAGUGUUCAGAUUGCCUUUCUGUUACAAGGAAAUUAGUCACUUCUUCUGUGACACUGCUCCUCUGCUACACGUGUCCUGUAUAAACACUCAUUUCAUCAAGAUGAUAAACUUCCUCUUAUCUCCCCUCAUCCUCCUGACCUUACUGGUGCUCACCACUGUGUCCUACAUCUACAUCAUUUCCACCAUCCUGCACAUCCCCUCAGCCCAAGGAUGUCGGAAGGCCUUUUCCACCUGCGCUUCCCACACCACCGUCAUUUCCAUUGCCUACGGGAGCAACAUCUUCAUGUAUGUGAGGCCCAGCCAGAGUCAUUCAAUGGAUUUUGACAAAGUGAUAGUUGUCCUCACCACAAUGGUGACCUCUCUUCUGAAUCCCUUCAUUUAUAGUCUAAGAAAUGAAAAGGUAAAGGAAGUCUUGAAAGAAGCAGUCAGCAAAAUUAUGUCCUCAUGGCACAGGAGAACUUAA